AUGCCCCAAUCCUCCUCCCCAUCCGACUCGACCUCAUCCUCACUUGUGCAUGUGCUGCCUCCCGACCCUAGUCGAUCCGCCUCUGCCUCUGCCGUUCCCAGUGCCAUAUCAUCCUCCCCCGAUCCCAUUGAGCACGAAGACGCCCUCCCCUCCUCCUCUCACGACCACGCUACUACUGCUACCAACCGACGCCUCCUGAGCCCGUCACCUUUGCUCCUCCCACCGCCUACCGCCCCGUCUCCUGGACACGCGACCACCUCGACUAUAUCCCUAAACCCGGAUGAUCCCCGGUCACGAGACGUUGCCGCUGCCACUGAUCUCGCCCACGCAUCUUCGCGCCUGGGCCCUACCUCGGCCGUCAACAGCAGUAACAACAACAACGACAGCCUUUCCCGCGAACGAGACACUGUCGCCGACCAAGAAUUCGAGAUGGAGCCCUUGAAAGGGGCCGGUCACCGCCGGCGCCGCAGUUCUCUCAUGCAAAACGCCGGCGCCAGCAAUCACCAGAAGACCCCGUCGAGGACUCAGGGGAACCUGCUCGAUGAGCCAAAGAUAUCGGAGGAGGAACUACGGGCGACGCCAUCAGCCUCCAAAGACAUGGACGACGACAGCUUCUCCGACGAGGACCUCCACGACGACGAGGAGACGGGCCUGACGAAGAAGGACAAGAACAGGAAGAAGAAGAAGAAGAGGAACAACACGCGGUUAGACCAGAGGAUCGUCCGCGGAGAGAUCUCGGCCGAGGAGAAGAAAGAGGCCGACCAAAACGUCUUUAGAAGAUCCGUGAUCAACGUCGCAUUGAUCUUGCUGUGGUACUUCUUUUCACUCAGCAUCUCGCUGUACAACAAGUGGAUGUUCGACCAGGACCGCCUCAACUUUGCGUUCCCCCUGUUCACAACUGCGUGCCACAUGUUGGUACAAUUCGCCCUCGCAUCUUUAGUGUUAUUCUUAAUACCUUCGUUACGCCCGUCAAACGGCCUGCGUCACUCAGAUCUGGGCCGCUCACGGCACGAGUCCGAACCGGACCGGCCGUUGAUGACCAAGAUGUUCUAUCUGACGCGCAUUGGGCCUUGCGGUGCUGCGACGGGUCUCGAUAUCGGACUGGGGAACACUUCGCUCAAGUUCAUCACUCUCACAUUUUACACCAUGUGCAAAUCAUCCUCCCUGGCGUUCGUGUUGAUCUUCGCCUUCUUGUUCAGACUCGAGAAGCCCACAUGGCGUCUUGUAGCCAUCAUUGCAACAAUGACUCUUGGUGUCGUUCUCAUGGUGUCGGGAGAAGUCGAAUUUAAGGUUAGCGGCUUCAUCCUCGUCAUCUCUGCCGCCUUCUUCUCCGGUUUCCGCUGGGGUCUGACGCAGAUCCUCCUGCUCCGCAACCCGGCGACUUCGAACCCCUUUUCCAGCAUUUUCUUCCUGGCGCCGGUCAUGUUCUUGACAUUGAUCGUCAUCGCCAUUCCCGUCGAGGGCUUCCCGGCCCUCAUCGAGGGCCUGAAGGUCCUCGUGGCCGAGUGGGGUGUUGUCACGACCCCCUUGUUCCUCCUCUUCCCCGGCUGCAUCGCCUUCCUGAUGACCGCCUCCGAGUUCGCUCUGCUGCAGCGCACCUCAGUCGUCACUCUCUCCAUCGCCGGUAUCUUUAAGGAGGUUGUCACCAUCUCUGCUGCUGCUCUCGUUUUCAAUGACCGUCUGACGCCCAUCAACUUUGUCGGUCUCAUCACCACCAUGGGCGCCAUCGUUGCGUACAACUACAUCAAGAUCACUCAGAUGCGUGAAGAUGCUCAGAAGGAGGUCCAGCGUGGCCACCUGGAGGUCGCGUCCGGCUCGUCUUCGAGCGGCAGCGACAACGACGACGGCGGCGAGGAGGCGGGCCUUCUGCGGAAUAGCACCGAAUACGAAGACAACCUCGUCACUGCGGACGGUGAUAUUCUCCCCAACCCACAACAUACGGCGCAGGAGUCACGGACGGCCCAGGCUCACCGUGACAACUAG